AUGACUGGCUUUCCAGAAGAUUAUGAGAUUCGUGUCUCAGAACUUAUUCACCUUUGGAUAGCUGAGGGUAUUGUAACACUUUCAAAUGGAUCAAAAAGCUUGGAAGAGGAGGCAGAAGAUUGUUUCGAUGAUCUUGUCGAGAGAAGUCUAGUUCUGGUCAUCAACAGGAAGUCUAAUGGGAAAAUAAAGAGUUGCAGCAUUCAUGAUAUUGUGCGAGAAUUUCUGGUAAGGCAGGCUGCAAAAGAGAAGGUUGCGACAAUUAAGACACUUUCGCUGGCAACAGACUUUGUGUGUAGUAAAAGAAUGGUGGAAAUGAUUCCAAACAUUAAAAAGCUGGGAAUAUGUUACUCCAAGGAGAAGUCUGAUGCGGAUGCUGGCUAUCGCCUCAACAAUCUUAAGUAUCUAUGUCGACUUGAGAAAUUGAAGUUGGAGAUGCCUGAAGGUUCUUUAUCCAGAAAACAAUAUGAUGAAAUGACAUUGAGGAUGCUUGGAGGUUUUUCAUUCAGACUAGUUGAUAAGAUACUUGGAUGGAUUUCAUUUAGACAAGCUGAUAAGAUACUUGGAGGUAUAAACUUUCCUCUACAACUGAGAAGGUUAACCUUGAGUGGUUGGAAGCUUCCUUCGAGUGAUAUGUCAAUCGUUGGUUCAUUACCUAAUCUUCAAGUGCUUAAACUAAGAAAUUUCAAAAGGAUAGACUGGGUAACAUCUAAUGGAGAAUUUCGUGAGCUCGGACUUCUGCUAAUUACUGAUCAAUCCGAUUUGGUUUUUUGGAUAACAAAAGCUAGCCACUUCCUGAGACUCGAGUGCCUAAUGCUUCAUGGGUGUCUUGGUCUACCUGAGAUUCCAAGUAAUAUUUUAUUAUCGGCAGAAAAGAUACAAAAGAAACAAUGGGAUUCAGGAAAGUGUACCUUUCUAGUUCGUGUGAAGCGUUCCUGA